AUGAGUGUCCGGGUCGCGCGGGCCGCGUGGGCCCGAGGCUGGGGUGCCAGCUACCCUCGCGGCGCCUCGAGCUUCCGCGUGCCUCCGCCGGGCCCUGAGAGUGUUACUGAACUGCUGCGGGACGCGGCGGUGGAAGAUGAGGCUGGCGUAGCGACGGCGCGCCGGUCGCCGGGUCAGUGCUCCGUGCUGCUCUUUCCGGGCCAGGGCAGCCAGGUGGUGGGCAUGGGUCGGGGCCUGCUCCGCUACCCGCGCGUUCGCGAGCUCUACGCCGCCGCCCAGCGCGUGCUCGGCUACGAUCUGCUGGAGCUGAGUCUGCACGGGCCGCAGGAGGCCCUGGACCGCACCGUGCACUGCCAGCCCGCCGUCUUCGUGGCGUCACUGGCCGCGGUCGAGAAACUCAAUCAUCUGCAACCGGAGGUCAUCGAAAACUGUGUGGCUGCAGCUGGAUUCAGCGUGGGCGAAUUUGCGGCCCUGGUAUUUGCUGGAGCCAUGGAGUUUUCUGAAGGUUUGUACGCGGUGAAAAUCCGAGCCGAGGCCAUGCAGGAGGCCUCGGAAGCUGUCCCCAGCGGGAUGCUGUCUGUCCUUGGCAAACCCCAGUCCAAGUUCAACAUGGCCUGUUUGGAAGCCCGGGAGCACUGCAAGGCUUUGGGCAUAGAGAAUCCUGUGUGCGAAGUGGCCAACUACCUCUUCCCGGACUGCAGGGUAAUUUCUGGACACCACGAGGCUCUGCGGUUUCUACAGGAGAAUUCCUCACGGUAUCACUUCAGACGCACCAAAAGGUUGCCGGUGAGCGGUGGGUUUCACACCCGCCUCAUGGAGCCCGCAGUAGGGCGGCUGACGGAGGUGCUACAGACGCUCACCUGGAAGGAGCCCCUGGUGCCUGUGCACUGCAACGUUCAUGGGGGUAAAUACACGCACUCGAAGCACAUCCCCAAGCUGCUGGUGAAGCAGCUGGUUUCCCCAGUGAAGUGGGAGCAGACCAUGCACGCCAUCUACGAGAGGAAAAAGGGGACGGAGUUCCCCAGAACGUUCGAGGUGGGCCCGGGGAAGCAGCUGGGGGCUGUCCUGAAAAGCUGCAACCUGCAGGCCUGGAAAUCCUAUAGCCACGUGGAGGUGCUGGAGGCCUGCGAGGCCCAAGACCUGUAG